GGUUGUGACAGAGGAAGUGAUGGUGUCACGAUCACUUGGGUACCUGUAUCAACGGAUUUUCUGGACAGACCCUCAAAGUUUGGAUGCAACAGGGUGGAACAUUUACUGAAGAAGUGGAGAUUAAAGAUGUCAGUCUCACACAGCUCUUCUUCCUCUCUCGUCUUCUCAUCCCACAAUCACACCUCCUCCUCUGCGGUCAACACCUUGGCCUUGACUCCUGACUCAACCACAUCGUCGCCCAGUUCUCUGGCUGGGCACAUGCCUCAGAUGGACGGAGGGCCAUACAGUCAGUUAAUGGGUGGUCAGCCCAGGACUACUGACAACAGGAGCGUGGAGCCGAUGAUGGGUUUGGCGUACUUGCCUUAUUCGAGCUGUUUGACAGCCUCAGAGAGAGCAGCGCAGCACGGCCACAUUGUGCAACAGGAUUUUUCCCAGUUCCUUCUUCCUCCUCCUCCGUCCACACUCCGUCAGCCAGGUCAGAAAAGGAGCCUGAGUAAGGACAGUGUUGAGUACCGGAUGCGGCGGGAGCGGAACAACAUCGCCGUGAGGAAGAGCCGUGAUAAAGCCCGCCGCCGCAUCUUGCUGACCCAGCAAAGGGCUCUGCAGCUGGAGGAAGAAAACCACAGGCUACAGCUGACCAUUGAACAGCUAAGCCAUGAAGUGGACACUCUCAGACACUACCUUUCACAGCGCCACCUACAGACCAAAGUGGACGACAUGGGAGUCGGCGAGAACUGUUGAGUGACCUUAUAGAAAGUGUCUUGGCCUCUGUGUAUUGAAUGAGGACUAUAUUAUAACCUAUUGACAGUUGAAUGGAGUACAAUUGGGCCUCUACACCACAGUCAGCAUAUCUUUUCUGGUUUUCUGAUAUAAACAUACUUAGUUUAAAUAUUAAUUAAUACACUGUGAAACAAUGUGCUUUUGUGCCUUGUUGGUACAGGAUAGCCAAAAAGAUACUGUCAUCCAAAACGUCUACUACCCAUCCAUUUAAUCCAGCAUGAAACUGUGAAAGAAAUGAUGAAACAACAGUUCUGCCAAAUUCAUUAUAAGAUUGAAAAUUAACACUGUUGAUACGAUGCCUGAGGUCUGCAUUUAGAUUAUUAUAUAUGACGUGAGGCUUUAUGUGCAGAUGUUGCCAAGACAAACAGUAUUUUCCUUUUUUCUUUCUGUAAGAACUAUGCAUGUUAUUGAAUUCUUCUUUUUGCAUCAUUUAUUCUGAAAUGUAUGUCUAAAAAACAAACUUCAAACAAGAAUUUGCCCCCAUUAUCUUUUUCUAGUAUAGGGAAAGAGAUGAAUACAUGAACUCUUCAGAGGGUUUAGACUUAUUUACAUAAUACUUUCAUUGAACAGUAGUUUAAAGUAGUUAUGAAAUAAUAAGUUUCAAGAAUAACAACUAAAUAACACGUCACAAUAAAUAAAUACAUGCAAUUAUAUUUCUUUAUGACAUGUUCAUAAUAUACAAAAAAUGACACUCAUUGCUUUUUUAUGUAAUAACCACCUAUAGAUAGAUAAAUGAUAUCAUGUUGGUUUUACUUAAAAUUAUUUAAAUAAUAAUACCUCAUGCAGAUUGCUUAUUUUUGCCACAAAUUGAAGUGGCUAUGGUUUUUAACUAAUAAAUAUCGCUGUUGUAAGAACAAAACCUUUUUUUCAAAAAACAUUUUUCAGUGUCUGUCGUAAUUUGAAAAUACCUAUUGUCUUUUUCAUUGUGUGCAAGUUUCAUGAUAAUUGAACCAACAGAAAUGACCCAAAAUUACUUGGAAAAAAGUCUCCAUUGUUUUCCAUUGACUUGCAUUGAAAAUAAUGAAGGUUUUUUUCCCUCUCCUGUAAAGUUACCAUU